CACAGCUCUUGGCGUAUUCACAAAAGACUCGAGAAAGAUAUAUGUCUGAGCAGGCAGCUCUUUUGGAAAAGAUGCAAGAAUACCAAAAGAAAGUUGAUCAAGAAAAUAGGCAAACCUUUAGUGGGUCCCAUAGUUUUCAAAAUGGUGAUGCCAUACAAUCCUUUCCUAGAGGCUCUCAUAAAGUAAUAGAAGCAGUCAUGCAGUCAACUUUAGAAGGAAAGUUUAGGUACAAACUAUAAAGCAAGGGUAUCUCUCAAAACGCUCAUCAAGUUUGAGAGGUGACUGGAAAAGAAGAUUCUUUGUUCUUGACAGCCGAGGAAUGCUUUACUACUAUCGGAAACAAUGGGGCAGGCUAUCAGGAACUUCCAGUCCACACGCUUCCUCGCAUAGAAGUUCUUCUUCAGAAUCGGGUUCUUCGGGGCUAUUAAGUCGCUGGCUCUCCUCUCAUUACCACAGUGGUGCUGUACAUGAUGAAAAAGCUGUAGCACGGCACACUGUUAAUCUAAUGACAUCAACAAUUAAAAAGGAUGCCGAACAAUCUGAUUUGAGAUUCUGCUUCCGGAUUAUAUCUCCAACUAAGAAUUAUACUUUGCAGGCAGAGAGUGCAGUAGAGCAAAUGGACUGGAUUGAAAAAAUAACUGGAGUUAUUGCUUCUUUGCUUGCUUCCCAGACACCAGAUAUGCAUUUCUAUUCCAGUCCCGCUUGUAAAAGCAGUUCUACUGGAAGUCCUCCAGAUUAUGAUCAAAUGACCAUUGAAGAUAUUUCAUCUGGAGGGGAUAUAACCUCUAAAAGUAUUACUUGUGCAUCAAGAAGUACACUUCAACUGCCCGCAAGCAUUCAUGCAGGAAAACCGGUUGAUGCACUAAAAGGGUUGCCAGGGAAUGAUAAAUGUGCGGACUGUGGUGCACCCGAACCAGAUUGGGCAUCUCUAAAUCUUGGCAUUCUAAUUUGCAUUGAAUGUUCUGGUGUUCACCGGAACCUUGGUGUACAUAUAUCAAAGGUGCGAUCCUUGGCGCUUGAUGUUAAAGUGUGGGAGCCAUCCAUCAUCGCUUUGUUUCAUACACUGGGUAAUGUUUUUGCAAACUCUGUCUGGGAAGAGUUGUUGCAAGCUAGCAAAACAUUUCAGGCGGAUGAGAUACCGAAGAGGUUCGUUGAGACCGAUAAAUACAAGCGGUUUUUCACCAAGCCCAAUCACUUUGAUCAAAUCUCAGUUAAGGAGAAGUUCAUUCAAGCAAAGUACGCAGAAAAACGUUAUGUUCACAAGGUAAAGAACAGCAUCGACAUGCUUUCUGUUGCUGAACAGUUGUGGGAAGGCGUACACACAAAUGACGAGAAAACAGUGUACCGGCUUAUCGUUGUUUAUGGUGCUGAUGUCAAUGCUAUUAACGGGCAAACAUCACCCGGCAAAUCAUUACCUCUGGCACUGGCAUUGAAAUUUGACCAGCUGGAGCAACCUUCAUCUUCAUUUGAUCCUCCACCAGCACAAGGAAGUAGUGAUGAAGACAAUGGGGUUCUUGAUGGGUGUUCCCUUCUUCACCUUGCUUGCCAGAUGGCUGACAUUGCCAUGGUUGAACUUCUCUUGCAACACGGUGCAAAUAUAAACGCUUGUGAUUCGAGAGGCCAGACUCCACUGCAUCAUAGUGCCAUACGAGGAAGAAUUGCCAUUGUCAAACUGUUGCUUUCCAGAGGGGCUGAUGCAAAUACCAUUGACAAGGAAGGCAACUGCACUUCUAAACUUAUUGCAGAUUUGGGGCAGAAUGAUGCCGAGCUCGUCGCACUCUUGAAAGUCGCCAACAAUAGAUAGCCAUUGUUUUGCCUUCUGGGUCAUGUUACAUUCACACUACAAAUGACACCCAGGUUGACAUCGCUAGUGUAUCACAGACAAUGACUCGUGUAUGAUUUGUCUCUGAUGGUGUCAAUCUUGGGGUUAAAGUAACACUUUCCCUUCUUUCCCGACAAGCAAAUACCCGAUUAUAUAUUGCACUCUUCAUACUACCACUACUACCUGUCUUGUAAUAGAUCUCCAAAAAAACAAAUGGUAUAGUUUUAU